AAGGGAUGUCUAUUUGUAGCAACAGCAACUGAAUAAAGUGACACAGGAGCUGAAGUAUAUUUUUGGAAACGGAUCCACCAAAUGUAAUGACCCAGUAGCUUAGGCAGUUAGGAUGAGCAUGAUUAUAUGACAGGUGCCUUGCGCACACGUGCUAUUUUGACCUCUUUUUAAUGAUAUGUAGGCUACAUUGUCGUGCGCAUUUUCAUUAUUCUAUCAUAAAAUCAUUUUGCUUGGUCACUAUUGGAGGAAUCGUCUGAAUUGGUCUACCAAUUACUAAAAUCCUCAUGAGGUCAGGUGACUCCGGCAUGUUCGAAAUAACGAAACCCUCUCCGGUUGCCUAGAUGCUGCUGUGCAGUGAACUGUGGAUUGCUUUCAGCCAAAUUGAUGUGCAACAUUGGAAGGCAAUGGACUAGAUUUUGAAAGGAGACAAUUGGAAGACUGUUUCACAAUGGACGAACCAAACAUACUCAGACGGCGUGGGCUCCAGAAAGAGUUAAGUCUUCCACGAAGAGGAAAUAUUAAAAAUAAAAGGAAGAGCCUGGCAGUUGGGACCCCUUCGCCAACACUGUCUCGUCCACUAUCUCCUCUACCUUUCCAAACAGCCGGUGGUAGUCCAUCAGACAGUCCAAGAAAUGUUUCAAGCAGCGCAUCAGUCAACUUCCCCUUCAGAAAAGUGGAUGCAAGAAGAUGGUCAGUGGCCUCCCUGUCCUCGGGUUAUGGAACCAACCCCACCAGCUCCUCGGUUUCUUCCCUGUCCUCUUCCCAGGAGCUGCUCCACCAGUUUCCCUCUCAGCCCACCCUGGACGAGCUGCGCUUCCUCUCCAAGCACUUCAGCAAUGAGAGCGUGGCGGACGAGGAGGCCCAGCACCCGCCUCCCCUUCGGCGCUCGCGCAGUCUCAGCCCUGGACGAACAUGUGGGUCAUUUGAUAAUGAGAUUGUCAUGAUGAAUCAUGUUUACAAGGAGCGAUUCCCAAAGGCCACGGCUCAGAUGGAGGGUCGCCUGCUGGCGGUGCUCGCCGACUGCUGCCCGGACAGCGCUCUGCCCCUGGCUGAUGGCGUGCUGGGCUUCAUCCAGCACCAGCUGGUGGAGUUGGUCAGGGACUGCCUGGAGAAGUCCCGGGAGGGCCUCAUCACCUCCCGCUACUUUGUGGAGCUCCAGGAGAAGCUGGAGAGGCUCCUGCACGAGGCUUAUGAACGCUCUGAAAGUGAAGAGGUGGCCAUCAUCAGUAAACUUGUGAAGAAGAUUCUCAUCAUCAUAUCAAGACCUGCAAGAUUACUAGAAUGUCUGGAGUUUGACCCGGAAGAGUUCUACCAGCGCCUCGAGGCUGCUGAGGACCAUGCCAAAGAGGGCCAAGGGGUGAAGACAGACAUACCUCGCUACAUCAUCAGCCAGCUUGGACUCACCAGGGACCCUCUGGAAGAAAUGGGGCAUCUUCAAGGGAGCAGCGCGGGAAGCACUGUGAAAGAGUCCAGUGACACUCUGGAGAACCGGCUUGGCUGUACCCCUCCCAGACGAAAGCCACUGGAGAGGGACUUCGAGACCAUUAAGCUCAUCAGUAACGGGGCCUACGGUGCCGUGUACCUGGUGCGUCACCGGGAGACCCGGCAGAGGUUUGCCAUGAAGAAAAUUAACCGGCAGAACUUGAUCCUGAGGAACCAGAUCCAGCAGGUGUUUGUGGAGCGAGACAUCCUGACAUUUGCGGAGAACCCGUUUGUGGUCAGCAUGUUCUGCUCCUUCGAGACCCGGCGCCAUCUCUGCCUGGUCAUGGAGUACGUGGAAGGUGGGGACUGUGCCAACCUGCUGAAGAACAUGGGGCCUCUCCCUGUUGACAUGGCUAGAAUGUACUUUGCAGAGACCGUUCUGGCCCUGGAAUACCUUCACAACUAUGGCAUAGUGCACAGGGAUCUAAAACCUGACAACUUACUGAUCACAUCCAUGGGACACAUCAAGCUCACUGACUUUGGUUUGUCAAAAAUCGGGCUGAUGAACAUGACGACAAACCUGUAUGAAGGACACAUAGAGAAGGACACGAGGGAGUUCAUUGAUAAACAGGUCUGUGGGACUCCUGAGUACAUUGCUCCAGAGGUAAUUUUUAGGCAAGGUUACGGCAAGCCAGUGGACUGGUGGUCGAUGGGCAUCAUUCUCUAUGAGUUCUUGGUGGGCUGUGUCCCUUUCUUUGGAGACACACCUGAGGAACUGUUUGGGCAGGUUGUCAGUGAUGACAUCCUGUGGCCAGAGGGAGAUGAUUCCCUUCCUGCUGACUCUCAGGAUCUGAUCACCAAACUGCUCAAGCAGAGCCCCCUCGAUCGCCUGGGGACUGGAGGAGCAGGAGAGGUGAAGCAUCACAUAUUCUUCCGGGGCCUGGACUGGAAUGGACUGCUACGGCAGAAAGCCGAGUUUGUUCCACAGCUGGAGACCGAAGACGACACAAGCUAUUUUGACACUCGGUCAGACCGAUACCACCACACCGGCUCGGACGAUGACGACGAAACCAAUGACGAGGAGUCCUCCCAGGAGAUCAAGAAGUUCUCAUCAUGCUCCCAUCGCUUCAAGGUGUAUAGCAGCUCUGAGUACCUGGCGUCCCCGUCCACUCUCAGCCUGUCCUCCUCGGAGCGCAGCUGCAGCGAGGAGAAGGAGGACCGCUGGGAUGGCCAGCCCUCUCCGUUCAGAGGGGACGCGUCUCUGCUGGGCCCCUCCGCGGAUGCCUAUCAGGGUGGACCCAAAGCAGCAGGCGCCCGUCCCAGAGCGGCCUCCAGUUCCUCUCCGUCAGAGAGGAGUGGCAGUCCACAGGUGAUGAACAGCAACCAGAGUCUGGACACUACGCCGACACGCCUGCCACUUUCAACUGAAGACGAAGAGGGUCUCGUCACCAACCUACGCCGUAUUCGCCUGCGCAGCAACUCAACCGGUACUAGGCCCUCUCCUCGUCGAGAUAACAGGGGCCCUCGCCGCCUUGGCCAACAACUGGAGACUCCUGAAAAACAAAGGCUCCCCCCUGGAUGCAAACUUCCCAAGUCAGCCUCAGCAUCUGGCCUCUCUCUCAUAGUCACACCAGACGAGGUGGCAGGAGGCCUCCAGAAAAGCCCCAUGUCCUCCCACUCGCUCUCCUCCAACCCGUCGUCACGGGACUCCUCUCCCAGCCGGGACCUGAGCGCGAUCUGCCUUCGCCCGCCCAUCAUCAUCCACAGCUCGGGCAGGAAGUACGGCUUCGCUCUGCGGGCGAUCCGCGUCUACUUGGGAGACACUGACGUGUACACGGUCCACCACAUGGUCUGGAGUGUGGAGGAAGGCAGCCCAGCCCAUGAAGCAGGACUGAAGGCUGGGGACCUCAUCACGCAUGUGAACGGAGAGUGCAUCCAGGGUCUGGUGCAUACGGACGUGGUAGAACUUCUGCUGAAGAGUGGGAGUAAAGUUACACUACAGACAACUGCUCUGGAGAAUACCUCAAUCAAGGUCGGGCCAGCCAGAAAGGCCAGCUACAAAGGCAAGAUGGCGAGGCGCAGCAAGAAGAGCAAGAGGAAGGAAGGUCAAGAAAGUAAACGCCGGAGCCUCUUGAAAAAGCUCCCGAAGCACAACCCCACCCUCCAGAACAGCCGCAGCUUCUCCUUUGGCUUCCAUCACUCUGCGUCGCCCAGCGACAGCCUGUCGGACUCUCCCACACAGAGCCUGUCCCCGGGACCCAACACACCCUGCAGGAGCCCUGCACCUGACUACUCCGCCGACUCCAACUCUCCUCAGAGCUCCUCUCCGGGCUCCAGCUCGCCCAACUCGCCCAUACCUCAGAGCCGGCCGAGCUCCCUGCACGUGCUCGGCUCCAAGAUCCGCUUCAACAAGGCCGGCCGCUGCAAGUCCACCAGCAGCAUCCCGCCGUCGCCGCUGGCCUGCAACCCGGCGUCCACGCAGCCCCUCUCGCCGCAGUGCUCGCCGUCGUCCCUCCCGGCGGGGCUCCCCAAAAGCCUCCACUCCUACCACGGGAAGACGCUCUCCCCGCCCACCAUCCCCCGGCAGCCGGUGCGGCCGCGCAGCGCGGAACCGCCCCGCUCGCCGCUGCUCAACCGGGUCCAGUCGGCCGAGAAGCUCUCCGGCGCCUACUACGGAGACAAGAAGGCCUACGCCACGCGGCGGCACACCAUGGACGCGCCACUGGCCGAGAGCGAGAGCCUGAGCGACUGCGGCGGCGACGUGGCCUCCGGGUUCGUCUGCGUGGGCGACCACGCCCGGCAGGGCGGCUUCCUGGGCGGCCAGCGGCUGCGCUCCGGCGACGUGGUGGUGAUGAAAAAACUGAACCUGACGGAUCGCCGGGACUCCUUUAAGAAACAGGAGGCCGUUCGGGAGGUCUGCUACGACGACCCCAACGAGGAAGAGGAGGAAGAAGAGGAACUGGUCACCGUGCCCUCCUCCGCCGCCAUUCCAAGCAGUCUGCCGCGGUACGCAGCGGCGUGGAUCACCUCAGACCGACCGGGAGAAACCUGUACAGAGAAAAGCCCGAGCCGUGGUACCAAACUGCAGAAGAGUGCAAUACAGGGACAGAAGGAGGGCAGCCGGUAGAGCUCGGCACUUGGGGUUGCCCUGCACACACACACGAAAUCAGGGGCUUCCACAUGAUUGGAACUGUGGAUGAAAGCUUACUUUUAGGUGAUGCUAGGUAGAUAGUACUAGAAGAGGUCAUUUUGAACGUUUGUUACAACACGGUGAAUGAAAGAUGUGCCAAAAUUGGAUUCUCCUCAUUUGGAUUAGUGGAAGUGUAGCAUAUACAGUAAAUUUUUGUAUUUCCCUACUUUUUUUAAGGAAAAAAAAAUGAAUUUAUUUAUUAUUCUUAACAGUUUAAUACCUUAAUCGUUAAAACUGGGAAGUGAAAGUGAUGUGGAUUUCUUGUUGAUGAUUUGCACACAUGCCCGUGGUCCUGCUCUUAGGUCAUUCUAUUCAUGUUUUCAUGGCUACAUUAACAUCAACAUGACUAAUUAAUGAUGAUGUUUGCAUUUUGUCUUUCACAUUAACUUUCAUCAUAAAGAUAGGAUAAAUAACACAUGAAGGAAAGAUUUCGAAACUUAUCAAUACCAAUAACUGUUUGUAGGUAUGCCAUCCAUUCCCACUCUAAUUUAGCAAAUGAAAUUACUACCCUCCAUAGCAUAGUAGUUGUUCUCUUUUUUUUCUGUAUGUAUCCCAUCUCUAAGUGUUAAAUCUAGGUGCCUAUGAAAUAGGGUGGUGUGAUGUGAUAUGUCCAUGCAAAAUGCUCCAGAUGUACCAGAAUGAUAAAUUAAGUGACUAUGAAGAACAUGAAAUGCCGUGUCUGAGCCAAACCCAAUAUGACAUUACCAAUCCCACAGCACAUGAUUCAUUCAGUCAGAUGUGCUUGAUGACGGCAGAUAUUUUGCUGGCACAAACAUAGUUUUGAGAACAUUGUUAUUGGCAGUCAAAUGUUCUGGUAAAAUGGGGAAUUAAGAACUGAUUAUGUUUGCUGUCAGUGAUAUUAUCUGUAAUUUAAUUAUCUCCCGUGCUUUAAUGCAUCUUCCCUCUGCAUCUAACUAUUUAGAACAAGACAUGCAUGACUAUGUCCUUAGCUAUGUAACUACUGGGUGUCAGUAAAUGUUUACAUUCUAAUGUAAAAUUUGAUUCUAAUCAUUUUACCUGAAGUACAUUGAAAUUGUUAACAAGGACUUUGUUUUUAUUUUUGUUUUUAUGGUUAUUCAAAUGGUUUUGUUUAACAUGCAUAUAUAACAAACCGUUUUAGUGGUAGGCUAUUACACACAUUUCUGCAUAGUUCAGUAUUUGUCAUUGAAUUAUUGAACUGAAAAUACUCUCCACUCUCACUCCACUCUAAAUUCUGUUGCCGUUAUUGAUGCCCUCUGAAUUGUCCUCGCAGUUUUGUUCACCAGAAAAGAUGUUAAGACUCAAUAACAUAUGCAGAACUGAUCCACCAGCAUUAGAAUGGAUUCACUGCCUGUGUGACAACUAUGCAUUAUUUAUGAGGCUACAUUUUAGAAAUGAUCAGACACUACCAUUUUCUUAGCCAUUUCUGUCCAUCUGAAAAUGGAAUGUAGCACAAUUAUGUUUUCUUUGGCAGUCGUUAUUUCACCAUGCAGAUUUGGGUUAGUGCAUAAUGUAAAGUGUAGUGGUGAAGACUUUGUUUCACUGUUUGGAAUAUUUUAGAAAAUGUGCACAGGUGUAUUCUCACCAUAUAGAAGUAUGCCUAACUCUGGGGUCAGUUAAGUGAACUUUAUGAAUGUUGGUUUAAUCACUUUUUAAGUUGUUUAUCAUGUCUGUGAGUUUUGGGUUGGUCAUGUAAUUAUGCACAAAUGAAAACUGUUUUUACACAAACUGCUAUUAAUGCUUGGAGUAUUGCAGUUGACUCUGUCUGUCUCUAUGGUUACAGCAACCAGCCUCACCUGCUCCAGUGUGAGAUAUUUAUCCACCAGUAGUAGAUCUAUGUAAUGUUUACGUCAGUCUCAUACACUAGCCUUUGUAGGUUUGUUGUGCCCUGAUGAAAGGUGAUGUGUUUUUCUGUCUCCUUGUCUGAACAAUGCUGACAAUAAAUGAACUACCCCAAGAUCA